CCACCGACCCGGGAUUAAUACCCCGCGGCACGGCCGCGGUCGCCGCUACCGCGUCGGGGCCUCGGUGGCUGCUCCGGGCUCCGCUUAUGUCACAGGCGUCUUCGCGUGCGGCCCGAAGGGCUGCGAGAGUGAGGGCGAGGCCGGGAGGGCUGGGAUCAGGAAUUAUCUUCAGACCAGUCUGGUGAAACGUUGCCAGAAAUUAAGAAAACAUACCCCUUGUUCUUUGGCAUGGAUAAAUGUUCAGUGAGAGGAUUAGACUUGGCUGAACAGACUCCUGUUUUAUUAGAGCAUAAAGCCGUGGCAGCAGCUAGUCUCAUGGAUAUAGGAAAUUCAUUUGGUAACCCAACUAGUCCUUUAGAUAACAGAUGUAGAUAUUCAUCGGUGGAAGAAGAUGAUGAUGAUGUUGUAUUUAUUGAAUCUAUACAACCUCCUUCAACUUCUACUCCAGCAGUAGCUGAUCAAAGAAAUUUUAUAUUUGCUUCAUCAAGAAAUGAAAGGCUACAAGGAAAUUAUUCCAUAAUUCUUCCUUCCUCAAGAGAUUUGGCUUCUGAGAAGGGAAAUGUAAGUGAGACAAUUGUUAUCGAUGAUGAAGAGGACAUAGAAACAAAUGGAGGGGAAAAGAAAAAUUCUUCCAAUUUUAUUGAAUGGGGACUUCCUGGAAUUAAAACUAGAACCAAAGAUUUGGAUUUCUCCACUUCCAGUCUUUCAAGAAGUAAGAAUACCAACUUGGGAGAUGUCGCUAAAGGACUUCAGUCAAGUAAUUUUGGUGUUAAUAUACAAACAUACACCCCAUCUUUGACUUCACAGACCAAGACUGCAGUAGGACCUUUUAAUCCUGGUAGAAUGAAUGUGGCAGGAGUUGAAUUUCAGAAUGGAGGAUAUGCAACUCAUCAUAGUCCCGAUUCUUGGAUCUCCCAGUCAGCAUCAUUUCCCCGUAAUCAGAAACAGCCAGGGGUGGAUUCUUUAUCACCAGUGGUCUCCCUUCCUAAACAGAUUUUCCAGUCUUCAGUCCAACAGCAACUUACAAAACCAGCUAAAAUCACUUGUGCACACUGCAGAAAACCUUUACAGAAGGGACAGACAGCUUAUCAACGAAAAGGAUCGGCUCACCUCUUUUGUUCUACCACCUGCCUUUCUUCCUUCUCUCAUAAGUGCACUCCAAAGAAACGCAACGUAAUAAGUAAAAAAGAUGUACCUACAAAAAGGGCUACUAACGUUCCUCAAGUUGAGUCAAGAGAAUCCUCCCAAGAAUUUUGUAGUACGUCUUUGCCUCCCUAUGAAGACAACCAGAAUCUUAGAAAAAGAAUUAAUAAAUCAAGAUGUAUAAUCUGUAGUAAACUAACAGAGAUUCGCCAUGAAGUCAGCGUUAAUAAUGUAAUACAUAAACUGUGCAGUAACCAGUGCUUUAAUAAGUACAGGUUGGCCAAUGGACUAAUAAUGAAUUGCUGUGAACAGUGUGGAGAGUAUUUGCCCGGUAAAAGUUCUGGAAAUAAUGUCCUGAUCAUUGAAGGUCAGCAGACAAGAUUUUGCUGCCAAGGUUGUGUUAAUGAAUAUAAACAGAUGAUGGAAACAAAAUCAAAAAAUUUGUCAGCAUCAGAAAACAGAAAAAGGAAUGCGGUUAGAGAAGAAGAAAAUGAGAGAAAAUUAUAUGGACCAUCGAAUACUCUUUUAGAAAAAAAAGAGGGAAUACCAGAGAAAAAGGAAAAGACUUCAGAGCUACAGGUUUUGGCAGAAUAUAGCACAGAUGCAUCACUGAUCAAGCAGGAUGUGAAUUUACCUUCUUCUUUGUUAACCAUAGCUGAUAAAUUUCAAGAGCCACUGGAAGAGAAAAAAUCAGAAGACUGCAUUAUAUCAGUUGUACUUUCUACAGACCCAGGUACAUGGCCCCGAAUUUUGAAUACUAAACAACGGGACAUUCUUGUUGAAAACGAUCCACCUCAAGUAAGAAAUUUUAACUUUCCAAAAGACAAUACAGGGAGGAAAUUUUCAGAAACUUACUACACACGAAUUCUUCCAAAUGGUGAUAAAACCACUAGAUCCUGGUUACUUUAUUCGACUUCAAAAGAUUCUGUAUUUUGUUUGUAUUGCAAACUCUUUGGGGAAGGAAAAAAUCAACUGAAGAAUGAGAAUGGGUGCAAAGAUUGGCAGCAUUUAUCACAUAUUCUUAGCAAACAUGAGGAAAGUGAAAUGCAUAUCAACAAUAGUGUUAAGUAUUCAAAAUUAAAAUCUGAUUUGAAAAAAAAUAAAACUGUGGAAUCUGCAGAACAUGGAUUACAUGAGAAUGAGAAAAAUGAUGGUGUGCUCUUGUUGUACACAUAAUAUACCUGAUGUGGUUCUUGACGUAAUAGGGUCUUAAAUUUAUUCAGAAAAGAUCUAUACCCUAAUGGUCAGUACCAUUUUUGUUGGGAGGCUCAGGCUCCUAUGACUUGCAGCAGUUCAUUAGCAAUAAGUAUAAUAGCAAAUAAAUAGUAAAGAAUGUUUCUGUUCCAAAUUCUAAAGCUAAUUGGGUUCAGUAGUGAUUAAUGCAGAUUUCAGUAAAGGCAGUUAUUUUUUCAUUCUGUGUGAAUUCACACCUUUUACAAUUGGCAUUUGAGGACUAACAUUUAACAUGUUUGGUUAAUUUUCUGUUCUGAUUACUUUGAAAGGAGGAGAAAAAGGCUUCAAUUUAUCAAUACUAGUUUGAACAAGAUACUGUGUGACUAUUCUCAUUAUUAAGGUAAAAACAUUCAGAAACAGUUUGAGAGUAGAAUGGAAUCUGAAACUGCAGCUUUUUGCUAUUAAACCAAAUACCUGUGAUUUAUUCCUUUUGGGCAAAACAUUUUUUUAUUAUUUGAGCAAAGCAGUAUUAUUUGUUACAUUGUAUUAAGGUGAUUAAUUUGCAUUUUAUUGGUCUUAAUUUAUAAAUGUUUUUGCUCUUAUUGUUGUGUGAGAACUAUGGGAAUAAAGAGUGUAUACCUAUUUUUAUGUUAGUACAAAUCUAAGAAAUAUUAAAAAUAUGUUAAGUCAA